AUUGGCAACUCGACCGGCCUGCCAGCUGAUCUCUCUUUACCUGAAAUUUGGAUUAAUUAAUGAAUUAGCGCUCUUCACCUGUUUACCUUCCCCUUUUCCCUGUUUUGUGAACGAAAUAAACGAACAUCAUGCCCCAGGAAAAUGAAUUCCCAGUCAUGAAAAACGACAGGCUGUUAAAAGCUGCCUGGGGGCAAGAGGUCGACGUUGUCCCUGUAUGGGCGAUGAGGCAGGCUGGACGAUACCUCCCUGAGUUUCGGGAAGAACGAGCAAAAUGCGAUUUCUUCACCAUGUGCCAAACCCCAGCCCUAUCAUGCAAGGUGACUCUACAGCCCUUGGAUAGGUUCCCCUUGGAUGCCGCUAUUAUAUUCUCCGAUAUUCUGGUGAUUCCUCAAGCGCUUGGGAUGGUGGUUGAGAUGAGAGCUGGAGAGGGCCCAGUCUUCCCUGCCCCUCUACGUGAGCCAGAGGACUUGGCCAAGCUCGGGUCUCCUGCUGAUGUCUGCUCGAAGCUUCAGUAUGUGUUCGAUGCUCUCACCCUCACUAGGAAAGAGCUGAAGGGGAGAGCUCCUCUCAUCGGCUUUAGUGGAGCACCAUGGACCAUAAUGGCCUACAUGAUUGAGGGCAAGGGCUCGAAGACCAUGAGUCUUGCCAAGGGCUGGCUGUACAAGUACCCUGAAGCGAGCCAUAAACUCUUGAAGAUAAUUACAGACGCAACUGUGAACUAUCUCGUUGGUCAGGUGAAGGCAGGUGCUCAGUGUCUCCAAGUGUUUGAAUCCCAUGCUGAACACUUGGGCCCAGAGCUCUUCAGAAAGUUUUCUCUGCCGUACCUGGAGCAGAUCUGCAAUGAGGUGAAAGAGAGGGUUGCAAAGGCAGGGCUCAAGGAUAUCCCCAUGAUUGUUUUCCCCAAAGGUGGCCAUUUUGCCCUGAAAGACCUUGCAGCUCUGAAGUAUGAAGUAAUUGGCAUUGACUGGACUGUAGACCCAGCUUUAGCUCGGGAGAUUGUCGGACCAAAUAAAACUUUACAAGGGAACUUAGAUCCUUGUGCCUUGUAUGCUGAUAAGAAAUUCAUCGAUAAUGCUGUAAAGGAGAUGAUAGAAAAAUUUGGUAGAAAUCGCUACAUUGCCAACCUUGGGCAUGGCAUGUAUCCAGACAUGGAUCCAGAGCAUCUUGCGGCAUUUGUCAACGCUGUCCAUAAAUAUUCCAAGAAGGGCAAUUAAAUUGCAUUUUAAUUCAGAAGAACUGUGAUAAAUUUGAUUCUAUUUGGACCAAUGGUUGUAAAUAUUCAGAGAUUUAGGCUAAUGUGAUAAGUAAAAAAUUUAAAAGACAUCACAGGAAUCUAUGAUCAGUCUCACAUCGACCAUGGCAAUCUACUUAUCAAUACUGAUAAACUUUGGAUUUUCUUUUCUCCCAUUCAAAAUAAGCACAAAUGCACUGAUUCCCUCUUUUGGUUUUAUGACGUAUAAAUGCAUUUAACAAGACGUUUCAAACUGAAUUUAACUAAAAUGAUAUUUAUCUUAUAUAUCUAUUUAAACCUUUUCAACUCCUAAAUGAUGUUUUGCCUUAGUAAAAAAGUAUAGUUUCUAGCACAAGCCAUUCAACCUAUAUUGUAUAGCUGCUGAAGUAUUUAUUCAAGUAACUUAUAUAGAAUCUUGGUAUCUUUUUAGACAACAAUAGUCAAAAGUGUAUAGUGCAUUUGACAAACAUUCUUGAUCAGCGCAAUAUUUUAGCUAAUGCAUUGUGUUAAAACAGAUUUUAGCAGACAGUUUUUCAUAGCCAAAGUAUACAUUAAAGCUUACUAUUUUCUUAAAAGGUUUGUUUCCUCUUUCGAAAUCAUCUGAACUUGGGUUUCUCAAAAGACAAUAAAACAAAGAUAAAAAAAAGUUUGAAUUUUAUCCGUUUUCAAAUUAGGAAUAAACUUGCAAUAGAGUAUAAAAUAUUUUGGUUACAAUGUGAAAGGGCAUUAGCCUUUAUCAUACAGUAGUGAAGAUUAUAGUGAACUGUCAAUGCCUUUGUUGUCUCUGCCUCAUUAUCAAGCCUUUCGACUGACGAGCCCAGCCGUGUUACGAGGGCAUUGACACCUAUCAUUGAAUGGUGCUCUCUUUAAUUUCUGCACGAGUGGAUUUCAGGUUCCAUUUUGAUUAAGAUUUGUUGGCUUUUGAAUAUGUAUGUUAUUUUGAUAUAAAUAAAAGAUGGAGAUAUUUACAAUUCUAACAUGUUACUAAAGAUGUGUUAUUUUCGUGGUAUCAUUGCAAGACCAGAAGUUGUAUAUUUACAGUAGCUUUAAAUAUGUUCAGUUAGAUAUUUGUCUUCCAGAUAAGUGUGUAUUUGAUAUUUGUACAUUUGAUUUACCAGUAUUAUGUUAUUUAUUUAAUAAUGUACUUAUAGGUAUAGUGUACUUAUUCUUGUUGAAUCUUCCAAAAUGUAUCAUCAGACUACUACUAAGUGCAUUUCACUUCAGCACAAGUGUGUCCAGCAUCUACCGUUUGCCUGCUAUUGUGUACAAAAAUAUAAGGUAAAAUAUGUAUACUCGGACAAUCUGGAGAACGAAUAAUUUUGAAAAUAAAAUUUUAAAUCUU